GGCAGCGCUCACAUGUAGCGAAGUCAAUGGAAACGUGAGACACAUGCGCGCGCGCUCACACGACUGAAAUAGACGGUUGCAUUGAGGAUGUGUAUGAAAUUCUUGGCACACACACACACACACACCGAGAGAUAAACAUCAGAGAGGAAUCGAGAAAAGGAGAACCCUGAUAAACGUGUGUGUCCAUUAUAGUGUAGAUCCGGCGCGCGCGUGCGUGUGUUCAGAGAGAGUGUAUGUUCGUUCAGUGCAGUUGUGAGCCACACACAUGGAUUUUCCAGUAAUUGCUAUUCUAGGAAAAGAGAAAUUGGCUACUGUACAUCACACACCCUGCUGAGGAGAACAAACCGGGACGCGACGUUUCACACACACACACCGCGUUUUUAAUCGGUUUUAUUGCUGUUCCUCGAGGUGCGCAUCACCUUUUCCACCGACUGUUGCGCAGGUUUUAUUAUCUUCUAUAUUUCCGGGUCAGCGCGCGAGGAUUCGCCCUGAAACCGAACCGUGCGUCAUGACGAGCAUACCUGGAUGUGUGCAGGAGAAUUCCACCCACAUUCACAUCUGCUAACUGUCUUCAGCUCCACACCUGAUCAACACACGAUGGAUAACAGCUCAGGAACAGGAGUGAUCUUAUACGCCUGUUCCAGCUCGAGUCCCGACAGUCCGUCUAGCGGAUAUCAGACUAAUUCGCCCUCCUCUCAGUCCCAGCCUUCUUCUCCAGAGGAAAUCCCCUCUGACCUUCAGCACAGGACCACGAGCAGCAACCCAAACCCCACCACGUCCACUUCCCCUACACCUAAACUUGUCUUCCAGUUCCCAGAACUGAGCAGCACACACGUUACAUCAUCAGGACAAAGCGUAAACUCACAGUCGCUCGCACGCAGGAGGUCAUGUGGUGCUUUUACAAGGACCAGGGGUAUGGUGCUGUUGUGUAAAGUGUGUGGAGACAUCGCAUCGGGAUUUCACUACGGAGUUCAUGCAUGUGAGGGAUGCAAGGGUUUCUUCAGACGCAGCAUCCAGCAGAACAUCAGCUACAAGAUGUGUGUGACGAACGAGAACUGUCUGAUCGUGAGAAUGAACCGGAACCGCUGCCAGCACUGUCGCUUCAAGAAGUGUCUGGCCGUGGGCAUGUCCAGAGACGCUGUGCGUUUUGGUCGCAUCCCUAAACGUGAGAAACAGCGACUCCUGGAUGAAAUGCAGAGCUACAUUAAAAGCCACAACCCCAUGGAUGUCGACUCGGCUAUGCCCUCAGAAGCCACGCCCAGUCCUCAAUGCCACCAAUUAGGGUCAGGUGAGGUCAUCAGGGCCUCGUCUCAUUUCCCUGUCAUUGUGAAGGAGGAGGAAAAUCUCACGAAGAUAAACAACAACGAUGAUGACGACGACAACACCGAUUACUCGCCGUCUCACGAGUCUCAGCUUCACUCUGUUGCUCCUCACAGCACGUCGACUCCGUCUUGCCCCGCCCAGGGCAGAUUCACGCUUGCUCACACCGAGAACACACCGAAGCCCACAGGACUUGACAUCAAGAGAGAGACGCCCUGUUCCUGGAGGCCGAGUGCUGGAGCUAAAGUUCUGGCAUGUCCUCUGAAUUCAUGUCCCGUGUCCCCAUCAGAUCGCUCCACUCAGCAGGUAUGGGAUGCUUUCUCACAGUGUUUCAGUCCUGCAGUUAGAGACGUGGUGGAAUUUUCUCGCAGCAUCCCAGGAUUUCACACACUCAGCCAAGAUGACCAGAUCCGACUGCUCAAAUCGGGCACCUUCCAGGUUUUGAUGGUGCGAUUUUGUUCGCUCUUCGACGCAAAACAGCGAACAGUGACAUUUUUAAAUGGACAGACGUAUCCUCUGGCGUCUUUGAGGGCACUUGGUAUGGGCGCUCUGCUGGACGCCAUGUUUGAUUUCAGCGAGAAGCUGAGCAUGCUGCGAUUGGAAUCAGACGAGGUGUCACUCUUCAUGGCCGUAGUGCUGGUUUCUGCAGAUCGCUCUGGUAUUUCCGACAUGGCCGCCGUGGACAAGCUACAGGACGAUUUAAUCAACACAUUGCGAUCGCUUCUUGCGCAAAGGCGGCCAAGCGAUGCCGAGAUUUUCCCCAAACUGCUCUUACGUCUUCCUGAUCUACGAACAUUAAACAGCUUGCACUCGGAAAAACUUUUAGCCUUCCGUAUCGACUCAUAAAUAAGAAUAAAUAAGGGGAUUUAACUUUUUUUUUUAAGUGCUAAAUUACACUGUUGCCUUGAAAAGGGAAAGAAUGUAGUGACGGUGAUGCCUAUAAAAAAUUGCAUAUCAUUAUAAUUGCCUGAAUAUUAUUACAAGAAUGUAUCAUAAAUCUUGCUACCUGUCAUUCUUAUUGGUCAGAAUUUUAAUGUAAACGAAACUUGGAAGUGUCUUGGUUGUGAUUUUAGCUUCAUCUUUUGUUUUUACGUAAUAUAUUUGUUUAUUCAAGCUCACAUGCUAACGUCUUAGCGUACAUACGAGCAGCUCAGCUACACGCUAACCAAGAAUGUUACUAGAAUACUCAGUAAUGUAUUUAACAAGUUCAACUGUAAUGACGUUCGUGUAAUGUGAUGAUGGUUUGUGUUGCAUUUUUCGAACAUCACAAACCACGUUGUAUGUUACACCAAAAGAUAAUGUUAUUACUAAAAACUAAAAAUGUUGCAGCAUCGUUGCUGGAACUUUAACUAAAUAAUGUUCACUGAAAUAUUUAGAAAACAUUCUGCUCAUUUUAAACUGUAAGCUGGGCUGUUAGGUUACAUUAUAUUAGUUAGCUUGCAUGUUAAUAGCCGUGGAAACGACUUCUAGCAAUUGAUAAACAAUAAGAAGAAUGUUUGCUCUAAAACAGGCAGCUAGCAUAAAUAUCUUUAAGCAUUUCACACCACAUUUUUUUGUAUUUUCGCAUUAUUUCAGAUUGAUGUCUGCAAACAGACCCACAUGAUUCUGCCUUAAAAUUUAUCCAGCAUAAGGAACAUAAAAACUGUUUGGACAUUAUCUUGCACAUUAUUAUUAGGUUUCCACACAAUUGUUAAAAUUGUUCAUUGUUAUUAAUUAACAUCACAGGCCUAGCUGAAUGUUUAAGCAUAAUUUUUAAACAUAUGAAUUGAAUAUUGAAGGAACAGUUUGGCAUAAAUCUCAAAUGUAUAUUCAAUCGAUCAUCCGAACGUUUUUUAGUGUCUGAAAUUUUCUUCUCUAGUUUUCCUUUGAUGCUGCACAGCUAAUUUAGCCUCAACCUAGCCUACAUAUCUGCCUCAAACCACAACCAAAUCAUCAGACAUGCUGAUGUGUUUUAGAACCCGGUGGAACUUUCUGUUAUCUAUAAAGACAGCCAUCUUGGACAAAGGGAUUUUUUUCCUUAGUGAAAAUUGUUAUCAUUCCCCUUCUUAAGUCACCAACCGCCAAAAACAGAAAGUAAAAUUAAACAGGGAGCCUAUUUGCAGCUUUAAAAACACAAAAUAUGUUAUUAUUGUCAACAUUAGCUAUGCUAAUGCUAUAUGCUGAGGCUUCCAUUUAAAUAAUUAUCUUGGUGCUCAAGCAACAGUAGCUAUCUGAAUUUAGUAGCUAGCCAAAAUUAUUUACAAGCUAGCUAAUGUCACGCUAAGCAGUAUAUAAUAUUAAAAACAAGAACAGUGAAGCUAGCUGAACUUUAAUUUCAGAAACUAGCUGUAAGGUUUUUUUUUAGCAAAAUUGGUGGCUAUCGUAUGAUAGCAAGCAGAAAUUUGACUGAAUUUGCAUAUUUAAUAUUGAAAGUAGGAUUUUUUUCUCUCUCUGAAUCUUCUCAUUUUACAAAAUGUUAAGCUUUGUGUACAGUCAGGGUUUUUUCAUACCAAACUGUUCCUUUGUUGAUUUUUUUUCUUGUAUUUUUUGACUAUACUUUGAAUUUUUAGACUUUAAUCUCUAUUACCCUAUUUUUAAAAAUAUCAUUCAAAUGUAAUUCAAUAUCUUGAAUAGUUUAUCAUCACAUCGUUCAACACGAUCUCAAACAAUCACGUCACUGUACUCAGAUAACGAUACGCAUUUUAGGAAGCGUAUUGUUUUUAUUUAUACGUUUGCUGAUUCACUUCUUAUCACUGAAUUACGACUAUUUGACCUCAGAGUGUAAUUUUAUCAGGAACAUUUUCAUUUUGUUUUUUGCGUUGUGUUGUAUAUAUUGUAUCAAUAUUAUUUUUCUGUGAGUCUGAAUGACAGGAUUGUACUCCAUGAUAUAAUUUACAUUUAUAUAAAAUCUAUUAAAAAGGAAAAAGAACACCUCAUUUUUAGUGUCUUUAGUAAAAUAAAAUCUAUUAUCUGUUGUUCUUCCACAGAUUCAAGUUAAAACUAUAAUACUGCAAUAUUAAUUCUUAUGUUACUCAAUUGCCUGUAUAUUUUGUAAAUGUGUUACUGUUAUAAUCUUCCACAGAGUUGAAAACUAAAAAAUAAAGAAGAUUGCCUUAUCAGUU